CUGAAGAAAAGGCGAGAUCGGUCAUCUGACAAAUACACUUUCUUUUCGCUUCAAUUUGUCUUGGAACUUUAGGAACGUCAACAAGUUAGUAAGCGUCAAGGCAAGAAAGGUAUUGAAAUAUUACAUUAUUAACCCACGUAUUCACUAUUAAUCUUCAGUGCUGACUAAAACCUCUGACAGACGGAUUCAAUGACGAGUAUCACAGACGGCCAGAUUGAGGUUCAUUGCUUUCCCAUCCUCACUGAUUUGUGCAAGGGAUUUACUAGAUGCAUCAGAUAGGCCAGAUAAAGCUUUUAGCCUUCUCCAGUCUUUUCCUGGAUUUUCUCAUCGCUCGCUAUUACGUAUUUCAAAGGAAAAAAGGGGUUCAAUUUUUUACAUAAAUGGUGACUUAUUUGAGUUGACUGAGGUAUUCUACGACUCUUCUUUGACUGAAUUGUACCUGUUGGCCUAAAUUAGUUUUGGAACGUAACACACACAUCGAUCGAAAACGAAUUUUUAGAAAUACUUCAUAGUGGAUUUGAAAUUUUUGUUUCUUCUUCUAAGCUACUAAAUGUAUCGAAUAUAGCUGGAUCAUAAAAGCUCGUAAUUUGUUUAUCAAGCAGCGGAUCUCAAGCGUAUAAGAUUUGUUUUAUUUUUUAAGCAUCAGAACGUCGACAAUUUGACGCUGUAUGUAAAUAUAUUGAUUCUUGGUCAACUGUAGCGACAUCAUCAAGUAAAAGGCUUUCUUCAACAUAAAAUGACGAUAAUUUCCAAAACUCACAUAUGUAAUGGAAAAUAUUUCCUUCUACACAGUAAGUUUCCGGUCUUAGACGAAUGCAAUACAAGGCCCAAUAUGCAGUAAAUAAUUUUCCCCAUAAACUAAUCGCGUGGUUGAGAAUGCAUUCAAUUAUAUCUGUUACAAAGCGAGUAACAUUUGAAAUUUGGUGAAUGUGGCAGAUAAAAGCCAUACAAACUUCUACAAGCCUUAAACGCGAUAAGGUUAAUGUCUUAAACUAGAUUUUUUUUAUAUCCAUUCUGACACUUUCACAGUUUGCAACGUUAUUCGAACACGAUAUCAACCUUGCGUUCAGGUCAAUACAACCAAACAAACGACGUGUCCUACAGUGGUUAUUCUAAAGAUUAAUUCAAAAAGUUGAAUUCCGUAAUUAGCUGAGUUGUAAUUAGCGUUUCUUGACUGGUAAGUAUGUAUGCGUGUUUUUCGUUAUCUGAGGCCUAUCAUUAAUCAUUAGACCACUUUGCCCAACAAGUGGCACCCAUUGUUUUCGCUUAGUGACACUAAACUAACUCAGUGGUCCAAUACUGUCCAGUAUUGCUCUUAAGGGCAAGAGAAGGGAGAAGGGGGGGAAGGUUGAUUCCAUAUUUUCAUUCAUUUUCGCGUGUGCCUCCUUCUUCGUUGCGCAAGUAAAUAGACCUUUAUUUUUAGCAGUUCAAAAAUUAACGACCUAAGCGAAGCAUUUAUUUCACUUCUCCAGCAGUUAAAAGGAAGUUAAGUGAAUAAUCUAAUCAUUUCAGAGAGCAUUUUAUCGGUAUUGCCUUUUUGAUGUUUGAUUUCUAAAUUUCGCAAUCAAUCAAAAAUAUUAAAAUGUAAAAUUUGAAGACUCUCAUAAUACUUUAAGAGACGAAAAGAUACGGAUCCUUUUAAACGAAUGGUAUAUUUACGGAAACCCUCUCACCUGAACGGCUAUGAAAUAGUGAAGUCAGUUCCACGAGGUGACGAUUUUCGCGAGUUACGUUCUUGUGCAUGUACCUUUUCAGUUCCGCCAUUGAGGAAUUAUGGCAGUAGAGGACUCAAACGGAUGAAACUGAGUUUCUAUUCAUCAAUCUCUGAGAUCUCUUUCAAAAUAUCGUAAGUUCUGGGCUUUAUAAAGUCGUGGCUUUUUGACGUAGUAGUUUCCUGCGAGUUUUUUUUUUCUCUUUUUGUUUUAGCCUUCCUCAAUCCUUUAGCAAAACAGCAAGCGUUAUCCACAGAUCUAUCUAAUGAAGCUCGAAUAUUUUAGAUCUAGGACACGUUUGAUUUACCUGGCUGAUACAGUUACACUGACAUUUACAGCUCAGUAUAGUUCAAUACCGCAAGCAUGUCUGGAUGUUUCUGGGUAUCUAAGGCCUGAAGUCAAUCAUUAAACUGCUUAGCUUUACUUUUCAGAAGGACUCAUGAAUCUAAGUUGCUAUUACCCGUUAAACACGGGAAAAGAAAUAUGAAGGGGUGAGAUGUCGACGCUUCCGAACUGAAUCGUAUUAAACCUUUGGUUAGGCAGGACAUGGUUCAUUGAGUUCUACUCCCGAAGAGCAUGUCCAAUGUGCCUUUUCACCAUCUAGAGCUAAGCGGAGCCUGCUCGGAACCCAUUAUAUCUAAAAGUAUAUAACUAGGGACAAAAUGUAUGAUUCGGUGAUGGAAAUAGGAUCAAAAGCGCCAAAAACCCACAGAACGCGUCAUUAAGCAAACAUGUUGGGGCAGGUUUCGAUAUCUUUAAGUGUUUAUGAUACGAAAUUCUUUUCUGCAUUUUUUGGUUGAUAGCUGUUUUUAAAAUUAGAAAUAAUCGACUUCAGCACAUAGCGAAUUUUCCUUGACCAUUUUUUGACCAAUGAAAGUACGAUUUGGCGGCCAAAAAGUGUCCUUAUCAAGCGCGCGGCCAAAACGAUCAUGUUACAUAGCUGUGACGUAGAAGACUGUAGAGACACCUCGGCAACUAUGGUGGAGAAAGAAGAAAUCUAGAAGAGAGGACGAACGUGUUGCAUGGUCGGAGAGCCAAAUGAUGUUAGCUUCAAGGAUGAUACACCUAUACCGGGUAUUUCUAUACACUACUUUCCAAAGGAUGUAGCUUUAUGGCCAAAAUAGACGCGUUUCGAUCGUUGACAUCGAGGAGAUUUUACUCUUCGACGUUGUCCGCCUUAUGCUCCGUGCCGGCUUCGAAGACGCCUGUUACGAAAGCAUGUCACCAGUCAAAUCAGGGGAACAUGACCAAUGACUUCAGCUGAAAAGAAUGCUGAUUAAGGGGUCUGUUCCCACACUAAACACGAUUGUUCAACAUUCUUUACGGCUAAUAUUUCGCCAGUCAAGAGUGGUGAGCUCCUUAUUCUUGUUUAUUUCACGCGCUUGAGAUGUACUCAUACUCCUUGUCUUUCCACGUGACUACAUCUGCGCUUUUCUCAUGGAAUGAAAAUCCUACCAAUUGUAAUUUCCAUCGUAUCUUAAUAACAGAAAUACAUUAUUUGUAAUGAAGUUGAAGCCCUCGUGAGCUACCGAGGCAAAAAAUUUAGACGGUCAGAUUGUGAGUAAAUGCUGAAUUAACACACAAUUGUGCCCCGUUUCACCCUCGUAUACACAUGUUUACCUUCUCCCGAAAAAUCCUCGUCUGGUGAUAGAUAUCUCUGUUUCAAACAUAGGGUCAACAAGCAUCCAGCUUUCGUUGUAGCCGCCAGCCUCACCAUAGGCUUAUUUCCGCACACAAUUUCAAUAUCAUAGUAUCAUCAAACAGACGGGGUGAGAGGUAAGCCGCCUGCACUGGACAAGCAGGCAUGGCAUAUGAUUUGAUAUAACCCCACGUUUUUAGCUAACAGAGUCCUUAUAAGGAAAUGAAUGGCAGAAAGUCUGGACAAUAUUGAUUUCUUAGCAGUUAAAGAUCUAGAACCCAUGUCACGCAACACGUUAACAGUCUAGAAUCAUUUGGAACCAUCUAUACUGAUGUCGGCAGGGUUUGUUGAGAAAGAGCUAAAUGCAUUUAUCUGAAUAAUUAAUUAAAACUAUUCAAUAAGAUGCGAUUGCGGUUUGACUGAAGUGAGAGGUAUAGUAUUCCCACGAGGUCAGUUUAUAAUAAAAUAGAAGAAAAAUUUUAGUUUCUUAUCGCCAUAAGUAAAGGGUUGGAGGUGAAAGAAUUUUUAUGGACAAAAAUCCAGGUACAGUUAAAAACUCGUACUGGUAUCGAAACAGGUUCAAUUACUGGACCAUUUGCUGAAAGAAAAAAACAUCAACAACAACAUCACUUGUGACGACCAUAGGAACCUUGCAGUUUAACCUGCAAGGUAAAAAAAGUAUAAAAGUAAAAGUAUAAUGUUUGAUCUAAUACAUGACAAAUGAAGAUAUCAUGUAACAUAAUUACCGUCAUGAUGCACUGAUAUAUCCUUCUCAAUUUUCCGAGUUCUAGAGAUGGCCGAUCAGAUUAAUAUCCAUGUGACCUACGAGGUUACGAAGCGAGUCAUUCCCUGUCCAAAAGGAGAAGUUGUCCAGGGUUUUGCCAUUCUUUUUCUCCAGGCCUUCUCCGACGUGUUACCGCGUGAGGUGGAGCCAAGUGAUGUCAAGUUUCAGCUUUACGUCGAAACAUUUGAUGAAUAUGUGGAUCUCCAGGGCAACGAACCGCUUAAAGAUGGUAUGAAACUUCGAGCUCUAAUUCUAGGACAGGUUAAAAAGGCACUUUCUAUUAAGUAACGAGCUUAAAGUGGCUUAUUUUUGAUUAAUGAUAAGUCUCGUAUGCACGUGUGUUACAUAAGUAAUAACUCAAUACAAGUAAUCGGCAACGUUUGAACAAAUUUAAAUUUUGGCACUCUGCGGAUUAGGUCUGUAAACUGCAAAGAAAGUUACAGUGUAACAACGAUCUGUGGAAGCAGCGAGUGCUGUGUUUCUUGCGGAACCAACGUUCGAUAAAGAAUGAACGAAAAAUAAAAGCAAACAGAAAAGCAAUCCGAUUUUUUAACUUUCUGCUCUGUUGCUGCCAAGUAAAACUAAAAUCUUCUUCUAUCGUUAAGUGCUGGAGAAAUAAAUCUGUGCACUCGUGUUUUUUUAUUUAUUCAUAUACACAUUGUCUUAAUUUUUCCGCUUCCGAUGAGAUCGCAGAUGAAAGAAUGAGAGGUUCAAAAUACCAAGAAAUAAAUGCCACAAACGCCAAACGCUAAUUCGACUCAAAUAAAACGAUCGACGAGUGUUAGUGGUAUCUACAAAAUUUCACCUAUCAAUUUUUGUGUGAUUUUUUUUUAGUCACCUUUCAAGCCUCAUCCAAUCCAGCCAGAGACCAUUUAUCGACUGUGGAGCCCCGUUAGCAAAAAAAAUGAUGGUGUUAUGAUGAGGAAUCCAAGCACUGACAUUGUGACUUGCGAUGGAACUUUUACCUCCGGUGGUGACAGUACGCACAUCAUUCUGUUACGUGGACUGUAUGCAAUUUCUACCCAAAUGUCCCUGAAUAACUGAAAGCUUCGCAAUUUCAGUGUAUAUGUUUUUGAUAAUUCCCGCCCAUUCCCCCUCAUCUCAUCAUGACCGUCUUCCCUCUCCGUCUCAUUGACACAACUACUGUGCAGCUGAUAUUAACCCUAUGCCUCCCAUGAGUGACCGAGACAGAAUUUCUCCUUACAAUAUCAAUGCAAUAUCGUGCGUAGAAGUAAUGAGAAUAAAGUAAAAUAUCACAUUAGGGAUUAUUAGCUGAUUAAAUGCCAAAUUCUUCUGGUUUACAUCGCAAGAAUUGUAUGUCAGAUAAUGAAGAGAAUUGCUAAUGAGAUCUUGGGAGUUAAAGGGUUAACCUUCACACAGUACCAACCCUCAUUAACUGACCUUAAUGUUCAUACCAGAUGGAAACAAGAGGCUUUUUUCAUAACAAAGCAGCGAGAAGAAAUUACCCUAGCGUACUAACAAUGGUCAAAAUAAGGAGCAUAUUUCUCGCAAAUGCUACAUGACGCCUCCCAUCUAACAGCCCAAAAUUUAACGUGGAUGAAAAAUUCACCAAACUUUGUAACCUAGGUUAACAGUCUACUAAUUAAGUGAUUAGCAAUUUGAUUAGAAUCUCCUAAACAUUAACGAUAUCGCAGCGCCCUGGGAGCGUUGAUAAAAGUACUAAAAAUUGCUAAAACGUUUGUGAGUUAAGUAACUGGUGUGACUUCAGCUGGUAGAUUGAGGAACUCGUUUAACAUGAUCGGCCCCCUGAACCGUUAUCAUAGGAGUUGAAAUAUUAUCUAACACUAAAGCUACUUUAUGUCCCUUUUAAGCUCUUAUGGAGACCAUUGAUAAAACAGAUGGUCAUACGCCAGCAUUUUCCCUUGUUUUCAAAGAUGGAGCAAGCACAUUGCUAGCACUGACUGCCCAUGGAAAAGGAAAUGCUGUCACAGCCACGGUAACUAAUGGCAUAUUCUGUCUUACUGACCUCUCUCUACUUCAUUUGCCAGUUCCUUUAUCUUUUUUAUCUAGUAAUUAAUACACAUAGAAUCGUUCUCAUUCAAUCGCUUUCAAAUUUGUCAUAAUCAAUUUAUUCUUUUUAUUGUUUCAUCCCUAUAUUUUUCCCAGGGUCCUUUUUAAAUAAUUGAUUUCUCCAACUAAAAUGUAUUUUCCUCCAACGCCAAAAUUAAUACGUGCUCUAGAGAAAACGUGUCUUAACUCGAAAGUAACUUUAAGCACUCUUUGAUUGAGUGCUGUAGCUAAAACCAAGACUAGCUGAAAGCCGGGAAUCGCAACGGAAGGGACCAAAUCAUGAUUGGUUUUAGUUUUGCAUCUGUUGGUUGAGAGAGUGGCGCGAGUUUUCUGGACCAAUCACAGAGCGAAAGCAAAACUUGAGCUAUUCCGGAUUAGUUUCGACACUCAAUAAAAAAUUGUUCAAUAGAGGGACUACUAUAAAUUACCUGAAAAAUGUCAAUUGUGUCUAAGGUUGUGGCUAGGAAAAGUAGCAAGGGAAAAUAGCGUUAUUUAGCCAUGAGAAAAAAAAUACAUUAUUGUUAAUUCAAAGCUAUUUUUGAUUAAGGUAAUAACACCUCCAGUGAAGACCCCAGAUGAUUCCAUCUUUGAGCCUGAAUACUUCUGGAGCUACACGAUGUUCAAACAACGUAACAGUGACUACUACCUGGGAUGUGAUGCUUCUGGAACUCUGACUUUGGUUGAAAAUUGGAACCUUGAGUAUCCGAAUCCUCAAGCUCUUUUUAUUGCUAACAAACCUAAUAAGUCCACCUAAGAUGGCCAAAGAUUCAUUGACUUGCGCUUAUUAAUACUUUGCUUUUUCAAAUUUC